AUGAUUUCUUUAAUAUUAGUGUUAUAACUUACAACAAUUCUUGGUUGCGAAUUCAAAUAAGAAGAUCAUUAUUACAAUUUAACAAAGCUUUAAAGAACUGAACCAUACAUAGUGAAAGCAUCUGCUGAUUCAAGUUUUUUCAAAAUGGCUUAUUGUAUAAUUAUUAAUUGAAUUAGAGUUUAAUUUUUGUGGGAAUCACCCUAAACAUUGUUAAGGUUAAAGUGGAGCAUAUUAGGCAUUAGAAGUAAUGGGAAUAUUAACUGAUUCUUGUGAAAUAUUAGGUAAACCUGAGAAUUAAUAAAUUUCUUUGAUUGAAAACGGAUUAUAGAUAACUUAUUCAUAAGGGUCAUAAUGUGAAAACAAUUAAAAAAAGAGUGUAAAUUUCAACAUUCUAUGCAGUCCAGAACCUGAUUAAAAUUUUGCAUUGCUUUCAGAAGAUAAUUGUCAUACUGCGUAUAAUUUAAUUUAAUAAAAGGUUUUAAUUGAAAUCACCAGCAGGAUGCAAAUUGUAAUAUUCAACAUAACCAUUAUAUAUCUAUUAUCUAAGUGGAAUUGGCAUAUUAUUAAUGAUUUUAGGAGCAUGUUUUGGAUAUAAAUAAUUACAAAAGAAAAAAGAUGAGAAAUCUGAUUAAUAUGUAAAGAAAAAUAAUAAAUUAGGAAAAACUUAAUAGUGAUUAACCUUAAAUAUAGAAUAAAAAUCCAGAUUAGAGUACUACUGUUGUUAUUAAUCAAGAAGCACCAUCCUCAUGA